AUGGGAAUUGCAUUGCCUCCUAAAGGGACUCUGGAUAUGCAGGUGUUAUUUAUGCCCCAGGUUAUGAGAUUACAAAAAACAAUGGUCCUUAUUCAAAUGAGGAAGGCCAGUGGAAAAAAAUGGUUUGUUGACAAUUUUAUGGAAUUGCACCCAGAGGUGAAAAGGGGUUUGGGACUAGACAGUGAAGAAAUCUUAGAAAUACGCUGGAUAUACCCUAUUAUUGGACUCCCACAGACAUCACCUCCUGAAAGCCCACAAAUUGUCAUAAAAUGUCAGGCCAGAAAGAGGCUAGAAGAGGAGGUGGAAGUCACACUGGAUGGAGAUUUUUGGGGAGAAAAUCCUAUCUUAGACCUGUCAGACUUUACAGUGAUUCCAAAAAGAAAAUCAUAUGCAUAUUAUGAAGAUAUAGGAGAUAUACCUAUGAAACGUGAAUUUGAAUAUGGCAUUGAAUUUGAAUCUGAAGAUGAAGAGGCUAGUUUGGAAUCCUGCGUGGCUAUAUAUUUGAUCAAAAAAUCUUAUAAUGCCAAUAAAGAGCAGAUAACAUUGGUCUUCAGUCUGAUAUUUACACCAAAGAAACCAGUGAGGUCUCAAGUUUUCCUGAAAGUAGAGUGCAUGACAGAUGGGAUCUGGAUGUUUCCCAUGAUGUUGAUUGCUACUGAACCUGAUGUGGAUGGGGUCUUUGAUAUUGAAGGGGUUGGUUUAUUUAAGGAAUCUACUGUUGACUUCAGGCUGACAAGUCAGACAAGAUAUCCUGAGUCAUACAUGGCAUUCUUCCUACCUAGCAGUGAUCCUGAAUUUUUUGUAAAACCUCAGAUUGGAGAACUUCUUCCUAAAGGAACUCUCAUCACUGUGGGUUUUAUACCCACGAUGUACAGCAGGAAAUACAAAGCAACAUUAGCAAUACAGACAGCAAAUAUGUACUGGUUGUAUGAGAUCAAUGGGAAACCUCAAGUUUCCAUACUGCCGGUGAAAGUAAAAGCCAAAGUUGACUCUCAUAACAAGAUGUUUGACAAAAAGCCAGCUCGUCGGCGUAAUUUUCUCUAUGAAAAUGCUCAACUCACAAGAACAGGAGUAUCCUCUACAAUCAAGGGGGCGCCUUUGAUGUUUUCACUUCCAGUUACUGCAACAGCAGAAAACUGCAUGCUUACUAUUUAUUCAUAUAUGGCAAUUCAUCUUGAUGAGCAAAAAAUUAUUGUAAAAAAUGAAAAGGAUGCCAGUUCUGUGAAAGCUGAAACUAAGAGUCUGCUUGCCAGUCGAGAAACUGGCUUACCCUCUACUGCUCUUAGUAAAUUUAGUGAUCCUGAGCCUGCAAAGAGAAGAUUGUUUAUCGGAAUGGAAAUAAUACCUGAAACAUUGAAAUCAAGCAAAUAUGAGAUGCCAAAGAAAGGCAUCAGAUCUAUGAAAAAGGAGGCAAAAGACAAGGGAUUAUUUUCUCCUAAAGAAGGAACCAGGACAUAUGACUUCUUUCUGAAGACUGUAAAUGCAGCUCAGACCUGGUUCAGUCUCUUCGGUUGGCCUGAAGGACCCCAUUUUCUUCAUAUUCCAGAGACUGUAAGAAGGGAUGUAUAUAAAAUACAAGUGUACUCAUCAGCCCUAUCAGCCAAAAAUUUUUCCAGACAGAAUGACUUUUCCAAAUAUAAUAAGACCAUUUAUGAUGUGCUGAUCCACCUAUGUGGAAAAAUGCCACCUGGAAUUAAUUCAAGUCAGUCUUUACCUGUGGAUUACCCUGAAAGGGUGAUUCAGCUUCAUUGGCAACAUUCUUUACUUCUUGACUUUCUCAGAGCUCAAGGAGCUUGUAUUUCUCAUGUACUGCCAGAAUUUCUACUUGAACCAGAAGAUUACAAGAAGUGGAUUGAAAUUACGUCUUCCACUAGUAUCUCAGCCAAGUUUUCCCAUAUACCUAAGGGAAAGCCUUCUGUUGUUAUAGAUAUGACAGACUUUGAAGCCUGGAGUAAACGAUCAUGGACUGAUGUAUUCCUUCAGAUAUACAAGGUUCUGGUAUUAUCCCGAAUUGUACCAUAUAGCAUCAGUAAUCUGCCCCCUGUAUAUAUGCAAAAUUCACCAAAAGUCAAUGCUUAUUUUGCAUCCAGCAACAUAUAUUCUGAUCCUGAAAGGAUUCUGCUUAGCUGGAUGAACACAAAUUAUGAGAACACCCGACAUGUUAUUUGGAAAAACUGUCAAAAAGGUGUUAUUCCCCCUGAGAGAUGGAUAGUAAAUUUUGACAAAGACCUUUUAGAUGGCCUUGUUUUUGCAACAGUGUUGGGAGCCUAUUGCCCAUUUUUGAUUGAGUCUCAUUUCAUAAACAUGUACACACAGCCAAAAAGUUCUGAACAGUAUCUGCACAAUUGCCUGAUUGUUGUGAAUGUUCUUCGUGAAAUUGGCUUUGACAUGGACAUACAGGCUACUGACAUCUGUGAUCCCAAUCCAAUCCAGAUGCUCAUGUUUUGUGUCUACAUGUAUGAAAGACUUCCUACAUGUCUCCCCAAGAAAGUGGUGCCCUUUCAUUGUACUCUACAUGACACAGUGUUUAGAGAGAUUCAGCUGAAAAAUCCAAGCUUGAAAAGCUUAGUUUAUAGUGCUACAAUUGUCGGAAGAGAUGCCAGUGACUUCUCCCUCUCCCAAGCAGGGAACACUGUGACAAUUUCUGCAAAAAACCAAAUUACUAUCACUCUGAAAUUUACCAGUCGCUUCCUCCAUCCUGCUGAAGCUUCACUGCUAUUAAUUUCAAGACCUAAGAAUGGAAUAGGAGGUACUAUGAUGACUUUUGCUCUCAAGGGUGAAGUCCUCAAUUUUAAAACCAUCGAAACUAUAAAAUGCAAAUCCCCAUGUUAUAAAUGGAAAGAAGUUACUGUGAAAGUUAAAAAUCCCUUCCAAGCUUCUGGGGACUUCAAUGUCAUUCUGGUGGAAUCCUCAACAUUUAUCUCUUUGCCAUCCCAAUUAACUGAAUAUGAAGAAUCUGUUGACUUCUUGAACCACCGUGCUGCUGUGAAUAGCAGUGGAUGUGAUUUUGCUGAGGGCCAUCCCCAGGACCCAAAUGCCUUAAAAACCUCAAUUAAGUCCAAUUUCAUCAAAGAGUUCUUUUGCUCGGCACAUACUCUUCACCUGGCAGCAAAAGGGACUUCAAGCCUGGAGCUCUUCUUCCUCCCGUUUGGCAUGCACACACGCUACUGUGUCAUCAUCCUCAGUAACAGAAAGAUUGGAGAAUUAAUAUAUAUUUUGGAAGGAAGAGGCAUUAUCCCUUUGCCUUCCAGAUUCUUUCCAGUGGAUUCUUCAUCUCCGCUUGAGUAUAGCUGUUCUCCAGAAGAAGUGCUUACUAAAGAUGAUCCGGUUCUGUAUUUGAAAUGUAAGCUCCACCAAAUCUUGGAUGUGGACCUUAAAUUGCCACUGACUAACGAAGCCAAGGAAAAGGCCUUGACUUUUGCAGCACAGCAACAGAUGUCGAAGAUAGAGUAUGAGAGAAGGUUGAUCACAGGCACUCUGGAGAGCAGUAGCAUCCGAGUGGCCAUUGCCCUCCUGGGACUGACCAAGAUCGAGAUGUGUAUGCUCUUUAAUGUUUCAAAGUUGAAGAAGCCAAAGUCCAUUUUAUACAAAGCAGAACUGAGCCUUCCAGAACAUUUUGAUAUCCCCAAGACAGUCCUCAUUCCUCAGAUUCCAGAAACUCAAGUUGAAUUGUUAACUUCUGCUAGAGCUGCAGAUGGAUCUGUUCCAGUCCCUCUGCGAUUUGUUCCUCUCAGUCCUGGACGCUACCCUUGCAAAAUUUUGUUGACAUCAAAGUAUGAUGUGCGUCUCUAUUGCAUUGAAGGUGUGGUGAAUGAAGAACGUCCAGAGGCCAGAUUUGAUUUUGAAACACCAGCAUUUGAACCCCUUACCCAGAAUAUUCCAAUUAAUAAUGAAACAAAGAAUGAAUGGAAAUUUCAAGUUACUAUAGAAGGAGAAUGGUUUCACGGACCUCCUAUUUUAUAUGUCGGACCAGGUGAAACUGUGGAUUAUCCUCUCACAUUCAAACCUAUUUUGGAAUGUGAGAUUAUGGGCAAGCUUAUUCUACAAAAUGAAGUAGAUGGUAUGGAGCAUAUCUUUGACAUAAAAGGAAUUGGAAAAAGACCCCUGGCCUUGGAACACAUCAUUAUAGACUGUCAAGUGGGGGAAGUAACAAAUAAACCCAUAAUAGUGCCCAAUUAUACACCAAGCCUCCUAACAUUUAAGGUAUCUUCAGAUCUUCCGAUAGUGUGGGGAAACCCAGACAUCACCAUAGACCCUGAUAACACAGUUCCGUAUAUUCUACAUGUGUGCCCUUGGAAGCGUGGUAUAUUCAAAGGUACAAUUUCAUUUUCUGUUAAAAGCAAACAUGAUGGUGAUUCUCAGAAUGACUCAGAUGAAGAUCAAGAUAGAGAUCAAAUACCCUCCUAUAAGAAAUCAUUAUCAGAACUAUCUGACAAGUUUGAUGAGGAAAAAGCAGGUAACGCUAUUAACAAUUUGCGAAUCUGGUAUCACCUUGAGAUCCAUAGUGCUCCUGGACCGCCCUUAGAGAUUAUUGACAUGAAAUGUGUUGCUCUGGAGAGUUUUUGUAUUGAAGUACCUCUCUUUAAUCCAAAAGAGAAAAUUAUUCACUUUGAUGUGCUAUUCUCAAGUGCCGCCUUUAGUGGACUCGAUGAACUUGAACUACUUCCACUAGAUUCUGUCAGCUGUAUCAUACAGUAUUCUCCAGCAUGUGCAGGCUUUAUAGAAGAAAGCAUUGUUUUUCAGCCUGAUUUGGGUCUAGAGUUUUGGUAUUCACUGAAAAUAACUACCGACAUUCCAGAACCAACCAUAAUGAAAGAAAUAUAUUGUGACCUUGGAAAGGUUGCCACUGAGAGGAUUUCUUUAGAGAAUCCUACACAUGAAACCUUAGAGUUGCAUGCAACAAACAGUAAUACUGAAAAUUUUGUCCUGGAGAUUAAGAGAUUACCACUGAUCAUACCUCCUAACUCAGCCAGAGACAUACCUAUUCACUUUCGUCCUUCUGCUCUUGGAAGAGCUAGUCAUCAGACUUCUGUCAUCUUUCACUGUGCUCAGUUUAAAGAAUGGAUAUUCCUCAUCUCCGGAAUAGGACUGUUCCCCCAGCCUCACGAAAUACAAAAAGUAACCGCAUACCUUCAUCUUCAGGCAUCUAUUCCUAUACCUUUCCAAAAUCCCACCAAAGAAGAUGUUUUGAUCGAUAUCUUACUAACUGGUGAGGAAAAGCCCAAACGUCUUGUCAUGGCUCAAAUCUGGGACAGCUUCAUGGAGGAGACUUCUGCCUUCAAGAUUAGUGGUGUGACUCACACAAAAGGUAUGGGAUUUCUGCCUUUAUAUUCUGUCAUUCUAUAUGCUGUCACAUUUCAGAGAUGA